AUGGCCUUUAAGAAGCGACGCAUCUUUGAUAUGCAAUUGGUUCAAUCACAACAGCUCCUAAACAAGGCCACUGAAAGUCAUAAGAGUAGCAGCAUAAACACCAUCGAAAAAACGUCCAAGCUCUGGAAAAACUAUAAAAUUCGUGAGGUGCGAACUUGGUUCAUGGAGAGCUUGCGCAAUUAUUGCCAAACAACAUCGCUGCACGGCUUUAGCUACAUUACGCGUCCGGAUAUCAGUCAGAACGAACGUUAUUUUUGGCUUGGCGUGGUUAUAGCCGCUAUUAUUAGUGCCAUAUCUCUGGUGCUUGCCUCUUGGUACUCGAAUCGUGAAACACCUACUGUGACUGUCAUCGAGAGUUCACAUUUUCCCACCUGGAAUAUCCCUUUUCCAGCGGUAACUAUAUGCAAUUUUAACCGGGUGUCCAAGACAAAAGCGUUAAUUCUGAAGCGGCAUAUGCAGUUGCCACAGAACGUAACCCAAACGGAGCUAGAGCAACUCUUUAAUCUAACCUUAUUACCCGCUGGUCAAACAGUUAACAAUAGUUCAUUGGAAAUCUAUGAUAAAAUAUUGAAUUUGAAUAAUAUGACGCUUAUGGAAUUGACGAAUCGUCUUUCACCCGAUUGCCUAGACAUGAUUUCACGCUGCAUUUGGAAGGGCAUUAAGACGCGCUGCGAGAGUCUGUUUCAACACGUUGUCACCUCGCAGGGUAUCUGCUGUAGCUUCAACUUUUUUGGUGCCAUGUCCAAUAAUUUUCCAGUUAAAAUCGCCUACCAAGUGCCCAAGCGGCCUUAUCGAGUAACCGGCUGUGGCUAUACGACGGGUCUAUCAGUGCUGCUUGAUCCCAUGGUAGCUGAUUACUAUGGUACCUUCUUUAGUGGCUUUGGCUUUCGUUUGCUCAUUCAUGAUGCCUAUAAUUUUCCGGAUGAGAAUUCAGAAACUAAGGUGGUUACAUCCACUCGGGAGAGCUUUGUGCGCAUCAAUCCCGAGUCGACGUAUGCCACGAAGGAUAUACGGCAGAUGGACUUGCGCUGGAGGAACUGCCUCUUUGGCGGAGAACGUAAGUUGGAUGGGAUUAAACGCUAUUCGUUUAUCAACUGCAUGUUCGAAUGCAGGAUGAAGAUGACUCUUCAGCGUUGCGGCUGCCUGCCCUCCUACCUAACCAACAAUGACAGCAUCAAGAUCUGCGGCGUGCUAAAUAUGAAUUGCAUGCUCGACAGCAAACGCUUCUUUUCCCGCGCCCUGGCUAAUCUAGACGCUCCGCUCUCAAUAGUACGCAAUACGAAAAACUUUCCCUGCAAUUGUUUGCCUGACUGCGAAUCGAAUCAAUAUGUUUCCGAGAGCACUAUGGGCAGACUGGAUGCCAACUACUCCCGCAGCAAGCUGACCCACAGUUCCAAUCGCACAGAUAGCAUAUUGGUGCAUGUCUUUUAUAGCGACCUAAUGUCCACUAGAUAUCGUAAGGAGAUCUUUCAGAACUGGCUUUCAGCUUUGGCGUCAUUUGGCGGUCUGCUGGGUCUUAUUAUGGGCUUCAGCAUUGUCACGGCUUUCGAGUUUAUUUACUUUCUCACAUUUCGUCCAGUAUUCAACUACAUCAAUCGAGCCAGGGAUUAA